CGUAGACGCCAUUUACUGCCCUUGCAUGUGUCAUUUCAUAAGCAAUCUUUAGUCAAUAAAUUUCGAUGGUGCAUAUCUUAUAAACAAUUUUCAGCCAAUUUAAUGGUAAAACGCAGUCGAACAUGAAACUUGUUGUUAUCUUUGCUUCUUUAUUGGCGGUUCUAGCUAGUUCUACGAGCAGUUGUGAUCUUAAUGAAAUUCGAAAAUGUUGGAGUGACUUCUGGCCGUUGAUGUUUGAUUUUCAAGAGCAAGAUCAAGAUGAAAUUUGCAAAAAUCUUGAAGAUGGGGUAAAGUGCUUGAGAUCAAGCACUGUUGCCUGCGUUGAAGAUAAUAGUGUGGAAGCAGAGGUUCUCAAUGAAUUAGAUGAGUUGGUGAAUUAUGCUUGUACAGAAGACAGUGAAGUAGAGGACAGUGAAGCUCUAAGCGACACUGAAGAUGAAGAUGAAGAAGAUGAUGAGUGCCUUACUGAAAAUUCAGAUUAUAUCUUUGGCUGUCUAGCAGAGGGUAAACGAAAGGUUCUUACCUUGUUGAUGCAAAAUGGUAGAAAUGCCAACGGGAAGGAUUUGAAAUGCACAAUGUACAGUAUUCUGGCUGACUGCUUUGUUGAGAGAGUGCAAGAGAAAUGUGGAGAGGAAGCCGGGAAAGCUGCGAGGGAAGAAAUGGACGACGUACCGGAAGACAUCAAAGAUGCUUGUGAAAAUGCUGAUAUUGACCUGUAUACAGUUCUACAUAUCCGAUAACAAAAUGUAAUGAAGGACUAACUACACUUCAAUAAAUCACAUUUUUAAUCAAAUUUUAAAAUCACCUGAAAAAUUAGAUUGGUGAAAUUAAAUAAAUCGUUUAACACUUC